UAUCACUGGUCAACAGAUGCGAUGCUGCAUCACAGACAGCAGUACAUUGUCAACUGUUGUCGUCACUUGGCGGUGUCUGCGGCCACUUUUCCCGCCAAGCAUCGAGACGGUUCAUUCGUCAAACGCUUGCCAACUUUCGCGGUCGCACCAUUGGACACGGCAUCAAUAAUACUACGCGAUUAUUGUAACAAUAGGUGCUGGUGUUUCGUGAAAGGAGAGCGUCGGUUUUGUAACAGUUCGGCGUGGAAGAGCGGCUGCAGCUGUGUGUGCCAACUUAAGUGCAAGUGUUUGAAGAGAGUAGUGUGCACCGCCUGCCAGUUAGUGAGAAGCAAAACAAAUGAUAAUCGUGGGGGCCAGACUCGAACGCGUCGCAAGUAACGACUGACAAUAUGUUGAGGAAGAAGGCAAUGGAGGUGCUGAAAAGGGGAGCGCGGGCGGCGGGCGGCUCGGCGGCGGCUCGGUGGGGGAGGCGGCGCGCGCGCACCAUGCUCGCCAGCUUCAAGGGGUUCUGGAAGGCGUGUCGAUAUGGGGACCUCUAUAUGGUGUUGGCGGCGCUCGCUGCGCAAUCCAUCAACAUAUCAGUUGGGUUCUGCCAAGGCUUCUCUGCAGUUCUGCUGCCCCAGUACACACUUGAGCACCCGAACAUUACAUAUGAGCAGAGCUCAUGGAUAGCCAGCUUAGGCGUCAUAUCAAACCCCGUGGGCGCGUUGCUAGGCGGCAUGCUGGUAGACGCAGCGGGGCGGCGGCUGCUGCUGCAGUCCAUCGUGCUGCCCAACCUGCUGGGCUGGCUGGCCAUCGCCUGCGCCGACUCCUACGCGGCUCUGUGUGUGGGGCGGUUCGUUACCGGCUUCACUAUAGGUAUGUCCACAGUUUCCUAUAUCUACGUGGCGGAAAUAACAACGCCAGAGAAGAGAGGAGUACUCAGUGCUUUAGGACCAGGAUUAGUUUCCACCGGAAUAUUCGUAGUGUAUUCUCUCGGUGCUUUCAUACAUUGGAGGAAAGUGGCCGCCAUUUGUGCCGGUUUUUCUCUUCUCACGCCCAUAUUAAUGUACUUCGUCCCAGAAUCACCUCUAUGGCUUGCGUCUAAAGGACACAUGAAGGAAGCAUACAACGCUAUGUUUUGGCUGCGACAAAACAACGGCACGGCCCAGCAAGAGCUCAUGGAAUUCACUAAAGACAGAAAAUCCGAAGGAACAAUGACUUUCCGACAGAAACUCGGAUUGUUCAAGAGGAGAAGCGUCAUGAAACCCUUCGUUAUUCUGAUAGUGUUCUUCAUAUUUCAAGAGAUGUCGGGGAUUUACGUCAUCUUAUAUUACGCUGUGGACUUCUUCAAAUCUGUCGGGACCAGUGUUAAUGAGUUCACAGCUUCUAUUAUAGUAGGUGGAGUGAGAGUUUUUAUGGGAGCGGUCGGUGCUUGUUUGAUAAACAGUUUUAGAAGAAAGACUUUGGCCGCAGCUUCCGGUCUCUUACUGGGAAUCGCGAUGUUAGGGGCGGCAAUAUGUGAUAGUUUAGACGGACCACCUCUAGUGAAACUCGCUUGCGUAUUACUGCACGUGUCUUUCAGUAUGGUGGGAUUUCUCCAAUUACCUUGGAUUAUGUCCGGAGAAUUGUACCCUCAGGAUAUACGCGGAGUAAUGUCUGGAGCUACAUCCUGCUGUGCUUACGUCCUAAUCUUCUUUAAUAUAAAAACUUAUCCGCAAUUGGAGAAUUUGUUGACGAGCAACGGGACUUUGUACCUUUUCGGAGGUUGCGCUCUAUUAGGAGCGGCGUACUGCUAUUUCUUCUUGCCGGAGACUAAAGGGAAGACGUUGACUGAAAUCAUGAGGCAAUUUGAUGAAGAAAAGAAGGAGGCUGAUCUUGAAGUAGGUUGUAAAGAGAAAAAGAGCGGUAUUGAAGGAAGACCAGUGCAAAGAAGACAUAGCGCUGAGGCAGCUGUGAAUUUGGAGAAAAACGAUAUCUUUUCCAAAGUUUGGGUUCAGGAGAAAUCUGGAAAACAUUGAUUGGUCGCGAGUAAUACUUUGUGAUGUUGUAAAUGUGAUUAUAAUUUAUAUGGAAAAAAUCCGUCGGGUCGGUCGAUACAAAUGUUUGUGGAAACGUUGGUUACCGGAAUGUAGUGUUACUAUUGUUUUGUGAUCUUUACUUUAAGUUAUUUUUAAAAUAAUUUUAUUGAAUAGUUUUAUUAGAGAAACAUACAUUCCUUAGUUGUUUAAAUAGUUCCUAAGAGGUGACGAUUAUUAUCUAUUAAUAGAAUAUCACAAAUGUUGUGUACAAAGUAUUUCGAAAUUUAGUAUAAUUGACAUUUAUUUAUCUGUUUUCUAUUUUUUUUACACUUUUGGAAAAUAUACACCGCGGGGUGAUAGAUACGUAUAAGUAUUGCAAAGGUAGAAUCACAAUUUAGUUUUUAUGGAGGCUGUACUGAUUAAAUAUUUCAUGUGUUUUUUUAUAAAGUUCAAAAUUAAAUUUAAUAUACAAACUUAAGAAUUAUGGCUCCCUACGAUAUUAGCAGUUACAUAAAGUAAAUAAGCUAUGAAUCAAAGAUGUUUGCGAAUAUAAGUUUAAGUGAUUAUAUAAUGUAUUGCGUGUGAUCUUGAAUACUUAUAACUGUGAUGAAAGCAAUUAUUAAAUAAUAUUAUUAUAGGAUAAUAUAAUAAAUAAUUUGUGUUUUAUAUGUGUGAAUAAAAAAAAUAUUGUGUUGUUU